AUGUUUCAACUUUUCAUGGCGGUAGCGAUACUUUCUGUGUUGAUCAACGCAGAAUUGCAAAGAACUCCGCUGUACGAGACAGACUCUACUCGAAGAUCGAUUGACAUCAAUCAUCGACAAAGUCGUUCGGAUAUGAAAAGUCUUGUUAUAAGAAUAAAAUUGCGAGAUGAUCACGAAAAUUCUUUUUUUGGCUAUAUAUCAAUUGGAUCUUAUCCACAAUAUUUUAAAGUAUUUUUUGACACUAAUUCCUCAAAUUUCUGGAUACUAUCUAAAAACUGCCAUAGUAAUACUCCUGUUUGCUAUUCAAAUAUGAAUUAUGAUAAUAGCAAAUCGACGACAUACAUACCAAGUAAUACUUCAUUCGAUAUUGAAUACAAUGGUAAUGCUAUCUCCGGAUAUUUAUCUACUGAUAUAGCGUAUUUCGGUUUUAUUAACCCAAUUGCUAUUCAAAAUCUUACAUUCGGAGAAGCAAUAAACUAUAAAGGGCGAUUACCGAUUAGCCCGAAUUAUCAAGGAAUCCUGGGAUUGGGUUAUUCCACAUCAGCUACAGGAAUUCCCGUUCUUACUAACAUGGUUCAACAAGGUCUGUUGUUACGACCUAUUUUUAGUAUCUAUAUGAAGAGAGAACUCCCGACAUCUGUAGAAGUUGGUGAACUAAUACUUGGUGAUAUCGAUGACAGUCUUUAUAUAGACAAAUUGACAAAUGUUAAUGUUACUCGCAAAGGAUACUGGCAAUUUAACAUGAAUAGAGUUCAAUUAGGAAAUAAUAUAUUAUGCGAGAAUGACUGUCAAGCUAUUAUCGAUUCGAGCAACUUCCGGAUAUCUGGACCGCCAUCUGCUAUCGCAGUUAUUAAUAAAUAUAUCAGAACUAUUAGUCUUACCGAUCCUAAUAUUGUGGAUUGCAAACAGAUUUAUAAGUUGCCCGAUCUCUAUUUUAUCAUAGGUGGAAAAGUAUUCGAACUUACUAGCGAAGACUAUAUGGUUAAGUCCACGUCAAGCUAUACCACAAUCUGUAUGAGCCCCUUCGAAGAUAAUAAUAUUUUGGAUAAGGACGGUCCAACGUGGAUUUUAGGCAAUCUAUUUCUCCGUCGGUAUUAUAUAAAAUUCGACAUGGGGAAAAAUCAAAUGGGAUUCGCCCCUAUAAGAUAA